UAUUGAAGUUUCUUUAGUUUCUCCAGCCUGAACAGCACGCAGUGUCUCUUGCUCGCAGUGUGAAGAUAAAAAGCACAACAGCUGAGAGAAUGUUUUCUAGGAAUGUCGGUUUAUGUCUGACCUUGUGUCUGUGGAUUACAGCCCCCUGGAAGCUCAGCACCGUCGCUGCAAAGAAACAGGACGAGUCCUCCUUGAGCAGCAGCAGCAUUUAUCGAGCGAGAUGCGCUUCCAGAUGCCUGAGCCUGCACAUCACACGCAUAUCUGCAUUUUUCAAGCAUUUUCAGGGAAAUGGAUCUCUGGUGUGGUGUCAGAACCAUAAACAGUGCUCAAAGUGCCUGGAGCCCUGCAAGGAAUCCUGGGAUCUGAAGGAGAACCAGUGCCAGGACUUGUGCGAGCCCUUGUUCCCUAAAAAGCACUAUGAGUGUUUGACCAGCUGCGAGUUCCUGAAGUCAGUAGAGGCUCUGAAGCAGGGUGACUGUCCUGCUCCUGAGAGGGCCAGUGGUUUUGCGGCUGCAUGCGUGGAGAGCUGCGAGGAAGACAACGAGUGCUCCACAGUGAAGAAGUGCUGCUCCAACGGCUGCGGACAUACCUGUCAGCUGCCCAGGAACCUGUACAAAGGUGCUCCUCUGAAACCCAGAAAGGAACUAAGCUUCUCAGAACUCCCGUCGGGUCAACUGGAGAUUCGCUGGUCCUCCAAGUUCAAUAUCUCAGUGGAGCCGGUUCUAUAUGUGGUCCAGCGAAGGUGGAACUACGGCAUACAUCCCAGCGAGGACGACGCUACUGAGUGGCAGACUGUGGUGCAGACCGCUGAGGAGCGGGUCCAAAUGGCUGACAUCCGAGCCAGCAGGUGGUACCAGUUCCGAGUGGCCGCUGUCAACGUUCAUGGAACCCGGGGCUUCACUGCACCGAGCAAGCACUUCCGCUCCUCCAGAGAUCCCUCUGCCCCGUCCAUGCCUACGAACCUGAGGAUCACAAACGUGACCGCCACGUCGGACAGAGCCGUAGUGGUACGACUCAACUGGAACCUUCCAGAGGAGCCUGACAUCCCGGUGCACCACUACAAGGUUUUCUGUAGCUGGACAGCCAGCGGCAAGGCUCCGGAGCCUGCCAGAAUGAGGAGGAGGAAGACAGCCAAUGGGGUCCAGACUUACGUGGACCUGGAAGACCUGCAGGCUAACAGCAGCUACAUAGUGGAGUUACAGGCUGUGACGUACUGGGGUCAGGUGCGACUGAAAAGCCCCAAAGCCACACUCCAGUUCAGCACAGCCCACGUCAAUCACACAAAAGACUCAUUAUUCAAGUCAAAGAAAGCAGAAAUGCUGGUUGGUGGCAGAAACACAGGAAAACGAGCCCCAGCCGCUCUGGAAGUGGGAACCCCCUUCUACCAGGAUGGGCAGCUGCAGGUCCGAGUCUACUGGAAGAAAACAGGAGACCAGCCCGCAAGCCGACACCAUGUCCAAUGGAGCCCUGAGUCCUGCAGCUACAAUGAAACGGCAGCAACAGGAAAAUCCAGCACCCAGGAGAACUACAUAAACCUCCCUGGCCUGAUGUUCUCCUGCAAAUACAAAGUCACCGUCCACAUGAUGACGUCCAAGGGUCGCUCCAAGACAGAGAGCACUACUUUCCUUACUCCACCCUGUUCUGUUGUCCAGGUCAAGAGCCACAAACCCAUCCAUUGCCCUGGAGAAGGAGGAACAGUUCAUCCAAACGUACUGCUAAAGCCAGAGAACCUGACCGCAUCUUUUUCCAUCAAUGAGGGAAAUAUCACAGGGAGCUUCUUCUGGAGAGUGCCGAGACCCCUUCCAAAUGAGCAAAUCACAGGGUUCCAGGUCACCUGGGCUGAGGUCACCACAGAGAGCCGACAGAACAGCCUGCCGAAUAGCAUCAUCUCCCAGUCUCAGAUACUUCCUGCCGACCGUCAUCUUCUAGUAGUUACCAAUCUGCAGCAGGCAACCACCUAUAGGCUGGAGGUUCAGAUAAUAACUACUGGUGGUGAAGGACCAGCCACUAUGAAGACAUUCCAGACUCCUGUUGUGUCUCCCAUGCACCAGCACCGGUCUAAAAUCAGGCAGCAUCACCCACACCACCGGAGGCCAUCGGUGGAAAAGCAAUGAGGGUCUGUUUUGGUCAUACCUGGGCCGGAACCGGUGCCACUGCCCACAGCAGUGAUGUGGUGCUGAAGUGAAUCUGAAUCAGACAGGGGCUCAGUUCCUGUGACAUCAUCAGCACCACGUUCUCGGUCCUGUGUUUCGCCUGAUUCUGCUCAUCACGCUCAGGUCAGCCCAAAACUCCUAACUUCACCACAGUCCAUCAACCUGGGUAACAAAGGGAUGAUACCUUUACAUGGUCACAGUUUGCAGGUAAACAAAUAUCAAAGGUUCUCUGUAAUUGUACACAUAGGAAACGCCUCUUUUAAAGUUUAAUACUAUUGCAAUCAUGAUAAAAAUGGUGUUUGAAGGCAUUUUUAUGCAAAAAGCAUUUUUCUCAAUUUGAAAAUAACAUCUAAUAAAAGGUACGGAAUGAAAGCCUUGAAAAUUUAAAAUAAGAAUUAAUGAAAGCAUAACCUGUAAUCGCAAAGAACUGUUGAUUCUACUAUUUAUGAUAUUACAUCAGUUAUUGACAUGAUGUUUGUACACUGAUGGUUUACAUAAGCGAAUUAAUUACUGUUCUGCAGGUAAUCAGCGUUGCAUGUACAAAUUAAGUCCAUUUGAUUUAGGGAAGGUCUGCGUCCCCACUGAGUCGCUCUUGAAGGUUUUGCAUGACAAAACAUAUUGUUCUGUCUUAGGCAUGGAAUGCAUCUAUGUUACCUCUUUUAAAUAUUUUAGCAAAAUUUAUCAGAAAAAAAUAAUAGAGAACUUUAUGGAAAAUAAGUAUGUACCGUUUAAUAAUAGAAUGGUAAUUUAGUGUGGAAAUAUGUAUGUGCUUAUUUUUUCUAGAAAAAUCCUUGUGGUACAGUAAGUAAAUGUCUUAUUUAUUUAUGUAUGUAUUACAAAGUGUGUUGCGUGUGUGUGCUUGCGUGUUAUUGUCACUCUUUAAACUGACAAGACUUAUUGUAAAGGCAUUUUGUAAAAAGUGAAUUGUAAAUACAGUCCUGUUUUUGUUAACAUCUGUCCCCACCCCCCAAGUGAGAACUGUACAUAUUGUCAACUAAUAAAAGAACCCUUAUGUAA